CCAGUCGCCGCCAGAGCAGCAUGGCCGUGGACUCCGGGCCGGGCUGCGCCGUGCCCCGCGGCGCCGCCCGCCCCUUCCGCCCACGUCCCGGCAGCGACGGAAGCGGAGAGCGGAGCGGGCGGCGGCGGCGAGAUGCCUGUGACCGUGGGCCCGUACGGGCAAUCACAGCCCAGCUGCUUUGACAGAGUAAAGAUGGGUUUCAUGAUGGGCUUUGCCGUGGGCAUGGCAGCAGGAGCGCUGUUUGGCACGUUUUCCUGCCUCAGGAUUGGCAUGAGAGGACGAGAGCUGAUGGGUGGAGUUGGCAAAACAAUGAUGCAAAGUGGUGGGACGUUUGGGACGUUCAUGGCUAUAGGCAUGGGAAUCCGCUGCUAAUCUGGAGCUUGGGUUUUUAACCUGAAGUGUCCCUGUCCAGCCAUUCCUCCUCUGUACCAUAAUAAAGUCUUUAGAUACCUGGAA